GGAGGAGGAGCGAGAAAGCGAAAGGCAAAGCUCCCAAGUCACUGAGGUUCGAUUUGCCUCUGCAAAUUUCGUCAAGGUCAGACUUCCAUCAAUCUCCGAACCCACCCUCCUCUCCCUCAAACCCUUUUCUCACUAUUUCAAUUUCUCUUUUUCGCGCUUCAUUGCGCUUCUCUCUAUUUUUUCGUUUUCAAUUUCUCUUGCACCCCCAAAUUCCCCCCCCCCGCUCAAGUUUCGACCUCUGUUUCGCCGGUGCUCCAAUUCGCCGGAGCUCACUGAUCUCAUUCCCGGAAACUUCGAAAUUCCGAGCCCUGAACUUCAGAGCUCGCGAAAUUGCCCGAAUUCAAUUCCGGGGUUUGCAUUGGCAGAGUGGUGCAAUUCAAGUCCGACAAGACUCCGGACCCGAAUUCAAGGUGAUUCGGAGUUAGGGUUUUUGAUUUGGAUUGGUUUUGGGUGAAUUAAGUUGAUUCUGUAGUGGGUUUUGAUCUUUUAGGGUUUUGGGAUUGAGGUGAUGGGAUUUGGUUUUGCAUUGUGUAGAUUCUGGUUGAGACAGUUUGGUGUGGUUUGGAAAUAAGAUUAUAGUAAGUCUCAAUUGAGAUUUGGGGUUUUUUUUUAAAUUUUUGUUAAUUAUUUUGAAUUUUGGGGGUUUCUGGAUUGUGGCUCUGUUUGUUGUGAUAUGAAGAGUUUUGAUGAUUGAAUAGGCAAUGAGUGAUAUUGGUGACUGUAAGUUUUCGUUUUUUUCGACAUAGGAGUAUACAGUGUUUUUUCAUUUUGGGGGGUUUUUGUAGAUUAUUGUGGAUGGUGUAUGAAUCUGUGUGUUGAGAAAUGCAACCUCAGCAGUUGUCGAGGAUCGAUUUGGGUGAUUUGAGAGCUCAGUUAGUGAAGAGGAUCGGGCCCGAGAGGUCCAAGAAGUAUUUUUAUUUCUUGAACAAGCUGUUGAGUCAGAAGCUGAGCAAGAAAGAGUUUGAUAAGUUCUGCCACCGGGUGUUGGGGAGUGAGAACUUGCCGCUGCAUAAUCAUUUUAUUCUUUCGAUUUUGAAGAAUGCGUGCCAAGCUAAGAUCCCGCCGCCAGUUCAUUCAUCAGGUCCUGUGAAGUCCGGUGUGCAAGCUGCAAACAGUUCUCCGAGUAGAGAGGACGGGCACGAACAAGGUGGGAAUCUUUUCCCUAAUCAGAAUCAAAAUGUGUCUGCUUGGUCGAAUGGGGUUGUGCCCCUGUCUCCAAGGAAGGGGAGGUCCACUAUACGUGAGCGGAAGCUAAGGGAUAGGCCUAGCCCACUUGGACCAAAUGGGAAGGUUGAUAGUCUGUCGCAUCCAUCCAUAGGUUCAGAGGAUAAUGGCAGUAAGAUUAUCGUGGAGAAUGGGGAUGCGAAUGCAUUUGAUUUUCAGAGACCAAUGCAGCAUCUUCAACCAGUUGCUGAGCUCCCUGAACGUGAAAGAGAUGGUGCAGUUAGGCGACCCACUGGAAAACCACAGAUGCUCAGCAAAGACCAGGCCAACUUAGCAGUUAUUGAAUAUGGGGAAGAAGCGGAACAAUCAAACCGUUUGAGUUUCUCCAGAAGUCCUCUUCUUGCUCCACUUGGGAUCCCGUUCUACUCGGCCAGUGUAGGUGGGGCCCGCAAAGCUGUUUCAGCAGGUAGCAGUUGUGAUUUUGUUAGCUCUUAUGACAGUGGGGUUUUGUCUGAUACGGAGACCCUGAGAAGUCGUAUGGAGCAGAUUGCUGCAGCACAAGGUGUUGGAGGAGUUUCUAUGGGAUGUGCCAAUACGUUGAAUAAUGUGUUGGAUGUGUACUUAAAGCGAUUGAUCAAAUCCUGUGUUGAAUUGGUGGGAUCAAGGUCUGCUUCAGAGCCAAGAAAGAAUGCUGCACCAAAGCAGCAGAUUCAAGGAAAGGUUAUCAAUGGCAUGUGGCCAAGCAACCACCCACACAUGCAGGGCAGCAAUGGGUUGGAAGUUCCGCAGGAGCAAAGACAGCUACGCUCAAUAUCUUUGCUUGAUUUUAAGGUUGCUAUGGAGCUAAAUCCACAGCAACUUGGAGAAGACUGGCCAUUGCUGCUGGAGAAGAUCUGCAUGCAGUCAGUUGAGGAAUGAAAGAUCAGUAAGAAGAUGCCCUUCAUCCAAAGUUGUGGUUGGGUUGGUCCGUUCCAGUUCAAAAUCCUGACAAUGGUUGUUCUAGAUCAUUGACACAACUAAUCAUAUUCACAUCGUCAGGAUGAACCAGGUGGUUCCUAAGUGGGUAAAGUUCCAGUUUGUCCAAGAUGAAAUCAUCUGUGCAAGCAUCAAAUGGCUGUAUUUGCUUGCUGCGGAGCCAGGACCGGUCCAGAUCUAACUACAACCAAGCAAGGGGUGCGUUGAAAUCAAACCCCCAUGUUUGGUUGUUUUGUUGUUGUUUAACAUUAGAUGCUGCUGUAUUUGCAAUCACUCAAGAUCUCAAGCUGUUAGUGUAAUUGCAGCCAAGGAAGAGGAAACUAUAAGAAAAUUUUGCAGGGAUACUGUUCUGUAGCUCGGUGAGAGGUACAAUUCCUUGUGUAAGAGCUGCAUUAUGCUCUGUAUGUAUUUUUAAAGUCUGAGAAUUGAUUGGAAUUUCAAUAACAAUAACACAUUGACAUCAUU